GUACUGCACUGCCCUUCAUUCACACCAUAAUUUGUUUCAUUCAGUCAUAGUUGCACAUUGUAGAGAUUUUAACAAAGUUAGAUUUCCAAUAUGGUAGGAGAGGUUGUUGUUGUUGAGCGGAUUGUUGUCAUGUCCCCGCAGUGCCUGUAGUGGUGCUGUGAGGAGUCUGCUGUGGAUCCAACAAAUGUCCUCAGCAGCCUACCUACGGCUUGUAAUUUGCGCUGGGUAGCCUAUAUUUACAUGGGUCCAUAUUUCAAGAAAAUUCGAGCUCGAUGAAGACCGCCGUUACUAUCCUACCUGGAAUAUCGAUGCCCGAGUAGCCUAGCUGAUUCUAAUAGACAUUUCGGCCGUCUAUCUGGAGCGAAUAUCGUGCACAGCCCAAACCCAUUCAAGCUGAUGUUUUCAAGGACAAGAGUCACGUGAUGUAUGAAGGCAAACACAUACACUUCUCAGAGGUGGACAAUAAGCCGCUGUGCUCGUACAGUCCGAAGCUGUGCAAGCAGCGCAGGCUCAAUGGGUACGCGUUCUGCAUCCGACACGUUCUGGAGGACAAGACAGCUCCUUUCAAGCAGUGUGAAUAUGUGGCAAAAUACAACAGUCAGCGAUGCACCAACCCCAUCCCAAAGUCUGAGGACCGCAGAUACUGCAACAGCCACCUGCAGGUUCUCGGUUUUAUCCCGAAGAAGGAGCGCAAGAAGAAGCACGAUGCUUUAGAGGAAAUGCGUCCUCGGGCUCACCUGGAGUCAGUGGCUCUCAACAUAACGGUGCCCUCUUUAGCUCUGAGAGCCACUAACGGCAUAGACGAACUUCCCCCGUCUCCGCCCUGCUCGCGCCUGUUACCCCUCGCUGACGGCGAACUCUUGGACCCUUUUGCCUUUUACGAGGACGAAACGGACGGAGAGGAGGUGGGCACCCCUCGGAAGGUGAGCAGCAUCAAGAAGAAGCUACAGAGUCGGCUGGCGCUCAACCAGAAACUCUCCCAAGACGCGGAACUCUUCCAGCCAACUCCUGAGCACUUUACGGCGUUGCCGGUUCCGCGCCUUCACCCCUCCUCGCCGCUCAACGCCCAUCUACCGCGGCCGACGCACGGCCUCCUCCAGCCGCCUCAGCAGCCCGGCGUGACGUCCUUCCCCUUCCCAGGGCAGCAGCAGGGUUUAUUAUGCAAUCCACUACCACCUCAGACAGUCAACUUUCUGCCUCCAGGGAUGCUUGCCAAUGCAUUGCCCAAUUCAGGGCAACAUUCUGGACCGUCGCUCAGCAAGAAAAUGCCUUUUGCUGCUACUCAACCGCCUGUCUGCUGCAAGGAUGCUGGCAGUAACAAUCAGAGGCACGUGGUCGUCAUGCACCCCACCAUCUUCUCGCCGCCUCCCGACUGCCUUGUCAGGUUGCAACACCUGGUGCAGCUCUGUGCCAAGAGACAGCAGGAGCACGGAGACCUCUUCUCUCAUCUAGGGUUGGACUGGUCAGAAGACAGUGCCGAUGACAACGAUGACGAAGAGGAGGAUGCAGAGAGGGUUACUCCAUUUCAGAAUUCGUGGAGACCAGAGAACGGGCUGGAAGUCGACGGUGGUUCUUCGCGGAGAGCACGUCUACUUCGACUUUGCUCUUACCUCCGGGAGAAGUACAAGCACAUGUGCCGACAGGAGAGGGCGAGCAUCCGCCAGAAAAGGUACCGCUACGCCUUCCGGAAAGCCUUGCUGCACGCCGCCAGCAACAACCCUGACUGCGCGGGGCAGCUGAUCCAGGAGCUGGGUGGAAACUCUCACAGCAGUUCAUGUGCGCCUCCAGCAAGGCUACAGAGCACACAAGCAGUGACCUGCACGGGUUCCACCAAGGGCCAGAGCUGCAGCAACAGAGCUCUGCCCUUCACUCAACACUGUUUUCAGCACAUACUGUUGAAUCGUUCUCAGCAGCUCUUUGCGAGUUGCACAGCCAAAUUUGCAGACGGUCAGCAGUGCUCCAUCCCUGUGUUUGAUAUUACGCACCAGACGCCUCUCUGCGAAGAGCAUGCCAAAAAGAUGGAUAAUUUUCUACGUGGGGAUGGAAACCGGAGAGUGCAGCACCAGCACCAGCAGCAGCGAAAGCCACGAAAAAAGACCAAACCGCCAGCGCUCACCAAAAAACACAAGAAGAAAAGGAGGAGAGGACCGCGGCGGCCGCAGAAGCCCAUCCCGCCCGCGCUGCCGCAGGGCAACCUGGGAAUGCCCUCAACGAGCCUUGUGAUGCCCUCGCAGGCUGCCAUUAGGAGCCCUUCGACUCCAGACCUGAGCACCGACGAGCUUCCUGAUGACAUCACCAACGACAUGGCAGACAUUCCAAAUGACCUCGAGUUGAACCAAGAGUUAAACGAUUUCGCCGACGUGUUACCAAGGCUACCUGACGACCUGCAGGAUUUCGACCUGUUUGAAGUAAAGAACGGCGAGCUGCUGCCCACCACGGAGGAGGCAGAGGAGCUGGUCCGCGCGCUGCAGGCGAUGGGGUCUUACCCCGACUCGUUGGUGUGCCUGACGUCUAUGGGGGAGCUGGCAGCAGGCGAGGCGGUGGACCACCGGGCCAUGGCCUUGUUCCCCGGACCGGUGCAGCCGGGCGGCAUGGGGGACCUGCUCAACACCCGCAUCCCUGCUGAAAACUUCACCAGCCUGGAGCUGGAGGACAAUCUGCUGCAGACCACCGGGGACCACUUCUCGCCGUCCCAGCCGGCCAACCAGCCCCCUCCGUCGUGUUCCGGCCUGACAUCCCCUUCCUCUGCGGCAGCGGCCACCACCAGCAUCGCCCUGCUCACGCAGACCUCCAUAACAGAGCGAACGUUUUCCCGGACGCACACUUCCCACAUCCUGGCCAAACCGGAGGUCUCGGCAUCGUCUCCCCAAGGCAGCCACUACAGCAGUGAGCACGUGCCGUCCCCGUACAGCGACCACAUAUCUUCCCCUCACACCACCUCCUUCCAGACGGACACCCCCCUCCUGCUGGAGGUUCCUAUAGGCGGCGUUCCGGGGACGCCUCGCUCGACGUGGAACAACCUGCCCCUCCCUCUCGCCGACCCCGCGCAGUUCGGCAGUCUCAUCAGGUCAGAGAGUCAUCUCAUCACCACCUCGCUGUCCACGCCGCCUGCCACUACUCACUCAGUAACACUGCAGCCCAUGGCAGCUCUGUCGGCCAUGCCUCAGGGCGGCGUGACGGGGUUAACAGCUCCCGCCGUCUCCUCGUCAUCCUCCUCUUCCUCAUCUUCCUCCUCCUCACACGAUCACCUGUUGACCCCCACACAGCCCAAGCAACAGCUCCCUCAGUUCAGCGCGGCCUUCGGCCAUCAACUGGCCUCCCAUAGCGGCAUCCCGAAAGACGUGCAGCCCAGUCACAGCUCCACGGCGCCCCCUGCCGGCUUCUCGUUAGUUAGUGCCACCACUGCAAGUGCCAACAGCGCCACGCCACCCUUCACGCAAAGUAAAUGAUUGGCAGCGGCCGCGCAGACUCAACGCCGACCGGCUUCCGGUUAACUCGUUUCAUUUGCUUUAUGUGUGCAAUGUGGUUCUAGUGCACUAUUUGGUAAUGAAUUUGCACAAUCUCAGAUUUUUAGUUUUUCUUUCUUUUUUUUUUUUUUUCUUCCUUCCUGUAGCCGGAUGGUUUUCAGAUUUUAAGUAGCUGUGAGUCCAUUUUGUCAGUAGGGGGGGCUGUGGUUAGAUUAUGUGAUGAAUUAAUGGACAUUAGCAAAAAUUAUUUAUACCAGUGCUCAGAAAUCCCAGAUGCCGUUCUGUUUGCUUCGCCCGGUUUUCUUAAAAACGAUCAAACGCACCCUGCCUUUCUCAGAUGGCCAUUUGCACCUCCCCGCCCCCUCCUCUGUUUUAUACACUCUGGUUUCAAGAAGAGAGUACUCUUUGUUACGUUUUUGUAACCCAUUAUGUUUCAAGCUAUUUAACUGUCCUCAUAAUAUUGAUUCAGUCAGAUUUAAUAGUCACCAAAAUUCUUUUAAACAGCUGUUUUUAUAUGGUGUAUAUUAUAUGUGCUCAUUUGUUGGCUUGCCCGGAUGUGGAACAGUCUUUGACCUCACCGUAGGUUGUGGCACUGUGAGUGGUUAGUAGACACUUGAAGGUAAUAGUUUCUUAAAGCAAUAAAAACACAUUACCAUCACUCACAGGAUUGUGAGGUAUUCUUACUGGUGUCACUGCUUGUAGCUCCACUUCCUGAAACCAGCCGGAUCAGGUUUUAUUUGGCCUCGGCGGCUCAAAAACUCCAGAUUUCUUUUUUUUAACAACCGUUUUUACUCAGGCCAUCUCUUGUACUUCUCCAGAGUUAACUCUCAAGGCGAUGGUGGAUGAUGGUGGCGGCGGUAACUGCCACCACACUUUUAAGUGUCUACGCUCAAUAGGUGCUCCCUGAUCCACAUCUAUAUCAGUCUUCACUGGCUUGGAAAAGCGGGAAAUCUCAUUCGCAGAUUGAAGACGAAGUACAGUGCUUUGCAGAGAUUAUCAUCACUUAUGUGCAACUUUUUCACAUCUUGUCAUGUUUCAACCACUAACUUGCAUGUAUUUUGUAGGCUAUUAGGAGAUUCUCAGAUUGUGCUGAACUUUAAGUAGGCCAUUCUGGCGCGGGAUUAUGCGUUGAUCUAAACUUCUAAACUCUUCCAUUGUAGCUAUGACUGCAUUUUAAAUCCUCUAUCGUCUUUAACAGAUUGAGAGGUCUUGGUCACUAAAUGCAUGAUGCUGCCAUCACCGUGUUUCAUGGUGGUGAAGAUGUGUAUGUUUGCAGCCACACUUGCAUCUUGGUCUCACCUGACUAGCACUCCUUCGUCCACAUUGUUGCUUCCACCUGAGUUGUGGAUGUCUACAGCUCCUCCAGAGUUACCGUGGGCCUCUUGGCUGCUUAAUGCUCUCCCUUCCCACCCUGCUUGUUCAGGGGGACGGCCAUGUUUUGGUAGGUUUCCGAGUUCCUACUCAGUCUGGAAACAUUUGGAAUUUGAUUAUAUCAAUUACCAAACCUGGAGAUACACGGAAAAUAUUUCCAAAUGUUAUUCCUCAUUCCAUCAUGUUACAUAUAAAAAUAUGCAUUUCUCUUAAAAUCUUAUAACUUCAAUUUAUUUUGACAUUUUAAUCUACCUUCAUUAAAUAUAUAAAUAUAUAUAUAUUUACAAAUGUCCACAUCACUUUUUUUAUUUCUAGAUCACAUUAGAACUGGACCAACGUUGAUGAAACUGCGUCCGUUUUAGAUAUUGAUGCGUUUUAAAGAUUACAGAUUCAAUGUAUCUUAAAUUCAGUCCAAGUAAUGCAGAUGUUGAAUCAGAGCUGAUCUCCUUUUAUCCAAAUGCACAAAAAAAAAAAGCAAAAUGGCCUUUUAGCGCCUCCCUACCAAGGCAGCUCAGUUUUGAAAGCAACUAUAAACCUGAUUAUUUUUGAUUCGUCAUAAAAUUGUGACUAUUAAAACCAUUGCUUGAGUUUUGAAGCUAUCUGCUACACUUAAACAAUAAACUUUCUUGCCCACAUACAAAUAUCAAUAAACCAGCUACAUUACCAUAUCUAUUCUAAAUAACAGCUGUUUCUGAACAAAUGUUCCCAUGUUCAGUGCAGCUACUAAAAUAUUUGGCGAAAUACAGUCCAGAAAUUUGCAUCUACUUUCAUUAUUAGUUGCUCAUAAAUCAGGUGCUUGGCACGUUUUGUUGCGUUCAGUAACUCUUGCAUAUCAUGGGUCCUUCAUCUUUGUCUGCAUCUUUGAAACCCAGCUGUUUCCACACAAAUCAGCCGAGAUUCCUUGGUUUCCCCUGCGGUCUUGGUCGUUUCUUGCCCGACUUUUUUUUUUUUCCAGGAAUGAAAUGGUUCCGUCAACCACCGGAUGUUUGGUAUGAGCCAUGCACCAUCCCCGUACUCACGCUGUGAACGUCUCACAGCUCCUCUUGUCUGCCGUCUUUACUUGAGUUCACUUUUCAAAGCAAGAUUACACCAGAUGUCUAAUCUCUCUUUUUUUUUGUAUGAAGACGAUGAGUGUUUUUUGCAAUGGUUUGGAGGCAAAAUCAAAGCUGAACAUAAAUGUUUUUAAUAACCCAGCCCUUUAACAUUUAGAGAAUUAAACCAAGCUCUGAACAGAAUUAUUUUUGUACCUAAAUUUCCAGAAUUUAUCCUAAAACCCAUAAGAUGGUUGCAACGACUUUUAUUUAGGGGUGUUAGAGUAAUGGGGGCAGAAUAAAAACACAUGCCACAUUUUAAAAAUACAAACACAUAAAAAAAAAAAAAUCAUGAAAAUUAUGCAUGGUUUUCCUUCCGCUUGAUAAUUACACACUACCUUGUGCUGGUAAAUCCCAAUAAAACACUGAAACUUGCGGUUUCAACAUGACAAUCUGGGAAAGAGUUCAGAGGGUGUGAAUACUUUUGCAUGGCACUGAAUACAUUUAUGUGAGUGGUGUAAUUUGCACGUCUGAAGUAAAGCUGAAUAAAGUGAUUUUUAAGCUAUGGGAUGCAAAGCUGGGGGUCUGGUGUUAGUUUUUUUUUUUUUUUGGUUUGUUUUUUUUU